AGGAUUUCAACUCUGACCCAUGACGUCAUUUAUCUACGGCAAGCCAGAAGCGGCAAAAGUCGAACCCGGACGUCUCACAAAUCUCGUGUGGUCUUUUAGAAAUGAAGCCACAAUUUUUCCUGUAUAUUAUUUUUUUAUGAUUGCAUGAAUACGACUGCUGCUUGAAGAGAAACAGAAUGGCGCUAGAUCAGUUCAGUGAUGUGGUCCAGAGAUGCCAAGCCCUCCCCGCUGACCAGUACUCCACUGAGGACCACAACGUCUUCAUGACCGCCGGGCGAACAUGCAUCGAGGAAGGCAACAGCGCUCAAGUGCUCAGUAUAGUCCUGGAUGACACGAAUCUGGACAUAGUGAGAUGCAUGGGAUGGAACUUGCUGCCUCCCCUGGUUCAGGUUCUAUUGAAGAAGGAAGACAAGAAUCUGCUUCAAUGCCUGGCCAUUUUCAAUCACCUCCUUGAGGCUUGUGGACCAAAAGAGUUGCUGAUCGGCCUUUUGGAGCAGCUGGAGCUGGAGCAGGAGGAACCUGUCGCCAUAGCAGAAAGCCUCAAUCUACUGUUGAAGCCUCUACAAAAAGUCCUGCUGCGUCUGGGCAGCCGUAAGGCGGCAUCUUUAGGUAUGGCCUUGUCCUCGGUCCUGGACCAGCUUGCCAAGCUGCCUGUGCCGCACACCAAGGAGCAAGAGGAGGAGGACGACUUCUCGCUUGGCCGUUGCUGCGCCGCGCUAGCAACCUUCGUCAAGCCCUUUGUUCAAGAGGCCCAACAAGACACAUUUAUCAGGAACGGCAAGCCUGGUGAGCGCUUGAACGGCAAGAAGGUUUUGGCCACAACUGAAGGGGUCUUAUUGGAUAAAGAAGAGCUGGGGGUGGAGCUACUGAAGUUCUGUAUGAGCGCGCUGAGUCGCCCUCUUCUGGAAGUAAAGCUCAGUGAUCCCGACACGCUGAAUUUUUCUCCGCUACGGAAUUUUGCCACGGAGAUUUUGAACAACCUCAACACUAUCGGACAGUCCGUGCCACGCCUCGUGUAUCGGCCUCUGUCCAAACGCAAAGAGUCCGGCUUUUUAGAGGAGGAAGUGCGUUACCCCAAAGAGUCACUGGCCAGCUUGGCUCACCUGGUGUUCGUCCACCACCUGGCUGUGGACACCAUCCCCUGUGUCUUCAAUCCCGUGUUUUGUCUCCGUUGCAAUAUGGAGCACAUCUUCAUCCUGCUGUCCAGAACCGAAGAGUCCAGGAUUCAGAAAGGACUGGAGCUUUACGAGAAGAGUCUCGUGCGUGUGGAUGAUGGCAGUCUGCCCGCAGACCUGCUGGAAAUCAAAACCUUCAUGGCGGUUCCACGGACCUUAACGAAAGUCAUGACGAUAUGUCCAAGACGCGAUUUGAGGAGUAAAGGUCUGAAGGUGUUCCAGCUGAGUAUUGAUAAGUUCGAUCCCGAGGCCAAGUACCAUUUCUUCAAGUUCAUGCUGAAGAUCAGCAAUCACUCGGGCGUGGAAGGCUACGUCAUCAAAAACAUCCGAACUCAGAUCGACGGCGCUCUACGGCCGGGCAACGCUACCAACUGGUUUGCGGGCGUUCAUCUGCCUCCCCUGCUGCGCUCAGUCUUCACCCUCCCGGACGGACCCGAGACCGACCUCCUGCAGUACCUGGACAGACUGAUGGAGUGUCUGAACCUGCUGCGUUACCUCCUGAUAAGAGACAAAGUGACGGACAACAAGACAGGGAUCUGGACAGAGCUACAUAAAAUACAAGAGGGCUUCAUGAAGCCCCUCCGUGUGGGGAUCAACAUGUCCAGAGCUCACUACGAGAGGGAGCUCAGCACCACCAUGGAGAAGAAGAGGAGAAAUGCCCAAGAGACAUCUGUCAUUUCUGUGUCUGUGGGUGACGAGAAGCUGCCAAACAUGACCCCGGAAUCUCAGAUUCAGGCUCUCCAUUCAGCCCUGCACACCUUUGACAUGAUGGAGAGUGUGCUGGCACGAACAGAAGAACUCACCGACAUGAAGGCUGCAGUUUAGACUUCAUGGCCAUCUGGCUGGUCAAAAACAAGUUUUUUUUUCACCUAAAGGGCAGUCAAACAUGAUAAAUCAUGUCAGAAGGUCAUGCAAUACCUGCCCUUAUUUUCUCCUCACUUACAAGACUGAUUCUUUUAAAAGGUUUACUAAUAAAUUAUGAACAUUUCA